CGCUUGCCCCGGCCGCGUCGGCGCUCGGCGGAGCCCGGGGUGGGGAAAAAGAGCGCCCACUGAGGGUUGCGGUGGGCGGGCUGGGCCUCCCUCGGCCUCCGAGCCAGCGCGGCAGGAGUUAAGGCCCUCCCCUUCGGUUCGCUCGGCUGACCUUCACGGGGCGACCAGAGAGGCAACCAUGCGCAUGCGCCCCAGGCGCCCGGGAGGAGCCCGGUAAUUCGGGAGGGGUGAAUCAACCAGUGUAAAGCCUCAGCGCCCGGGGGGGGGGCUUGUUUCCUUCCAAUCUGCCCGCCCCCUCCGCUCCGUCCCAUUGGCAGCGGGGUGGUGGUGGCGUGAAGGGCAUCUUCUUCAGUGGGGUUCCCGGUUCCUGCCCCGCCCCCCCCCCCCCCCGGGCUGUAAUUGUGUUGCCUGUAAGUGCCUGGGCAGGCUGGGACGCCUGGGUGAACUGGCUGCCCCCUUCCUUCACGUGUGAACACGCCGCCCCCGUUCUGCCUCCAGAAGAUUCCCAAGCCCUCCCGGGGACAGGGAGAGGCGGCCUGGGAUGCCAUCAGGAGCUCGCAUGCCCCACCAGGGGGCGCCCAUGGGUCCCCCGGGCCCUCCCUAUGUUGGAAGCCCCUCUGUGCGCCCUGGGAUGCCCCAGGCUGUGAUGGAGCCCACACGCAAAAGGGCAGCGCCGCAGCAGGCCCAGCAGCAGGCGCAGCAGCAGCAGCAGCAGGCCCAGCAGCAGCAGGCGCAGCAGCAGGUGCAGCAGGCGCAGCAGCAGCAGGCGGAGCAGCGGCAGGCAGCGGCUGUGACUCAGAACCGGCCACGCAGUGCCAAGAGGAGGAAAAUGGCUGACAAAAUCCUUCCCCAGAGGAUCCGGGAGCUUGUCCCAGAGUCGCAGGCUUACAUGGACCUUCUGGCCUUUGAGCGUAAGCUGGAUCAGACCAUCAUGCGCAAGCGAGUGGACAUCCAAGAGGCCCUGAAGAGGCCCAUGAAGCAAAAGCGGAAGCUGCGCCUUUACAUCUCCAAUACCUUCAACCCAGCCAAGUCUGACGCCGACGACUCCGACGGCAGCAUCGCUUCCUGGGAGCUGCGUGUGGAGGGCAAACUGCUCGAUGAUCUUAGCAAGCAGAAGCGGAAGUUUUCUUCUUUCUUCAAGAGUUUAGUCAUCGAGCUGGACAAGGAUCUCUACGGACCAGACAAUCACCUGGUAGAGUGGCACCGGACCCCUACCACCCAAGAGACUGAUGGCUUCCAGGUGAAGAGACCGGGGGACGUCAGUGUACGCUGCACUCUUCUGCUCAUGCUGGAUUACCAGCCGCCACAAUUUAAACUUGACCCCCGCCUGGCCCGCUUGCUGGGCAUCCACACACAGACCCGCUCAGCCAUUAUCCAGGCUCUCUGGCAGUACAUCAAGACCAACAAGCUGCAGGACUCCCACGACAAGGAAUACAUCAACUGUGACAAGUACUUUCAGCAGAUCUUUGACUGUCCACGGCUCAAGUUCUCAGAAAUCCCGCAGAGGCUCACCAACCUGCUCUUGCCACCCGACCCCAUAGUCAUCAAUCACAUCAUCAGUGUAGACCCCAACGACCAGAAGAAGACCGCCUGCUAUGACAUUGACGUUGAAGUGGAAGAUCCUUUGAAAGGACAAAUGAGCAGUUUUCUUCUCUCCACAGCCAACCAGCAGGAAAUCACAGCCCUGGAUAACAAGAUUCAUGAGACAAUCGAGUCCAUCAAUCAGUUAAAGAUACAGCGAGAUUUCAUGCUGAGUUUCUCCAAGGACCCCAAAGGAUACAUCCAAGAUCUUCUCCGAUCGCAGAGCAGAGACCUGAAGGUCAUGACCGAUGUGGUGGGCAAUCCGGAAGAGGAGCGGAGAGCUGAGUUCUACCAUGAGUCCUGGUCCCAGGAGGCCGUGAGCAGAUAUUUCUACUGCAAGAUCCAGCAGCGCAGGCAAGAGUUGGAGCAGUCCCUCGGUGUGCGAAAUACAUAGGUGGCCCACGUGACCUGCUGCUGGCCCCUGUGGGGGCCCCCCAUCUGCCAAUGGACCUCUCAGUGUUAUGUAGCUCCCAUUGUCUGUGGGCUUGCCUCGUGACUGGGCCCAGCAAUGCCAAACCUGCCUCACCAGCUGUCGAGUGUGUUUUGACCCAUAAGCGCCUCCUCUUCCUCUUCCUCUUCCUCCCCUUUUUUGGUUGGCUGGGAGGGGCUUCUGCUCACCUGACUCACUUCCACUGGCGGGUAAGGCCACCUGCACGUGAUGCACAGGAAUGCCUUUGGACCGAAGGCGGAGGGGUUUGGAGGGGCAAGCGGUCAGGCCCCGUGGCAGCAGGGCUCCUGAACCUCCUCACCCUCGCCCUGUUCCCUGCCCUCUGCCUCUUUUUCUUUCGCUGCCUCUUCGGGCAUCAAGUAGCAAGGGUGACAAUUUCUGGAUUGACAGAGGCUUCAGAAAGCAAUGCACAUGGGGGCUUUAGCCGUUGCCAGGAGGGGUGGGGGUGGGGGGCAUCCCACCAGCCUCCCAGCCGCACCAUCAGGUCUGUUGGCAAAGCUGCCUUGCACCCCAACUCCCCUCCUCCUCUUCCUCCUCCUCCCUCUUGCGGUUAGCUGUGCCGGUGGCCCCCUUGGCAUUCUCACCGCUUGGCCCCAGGCAAGGCCCUUGGGUGGGAAGGGCUGAAAUAUUAGACAGGUUCCCCCCCCCAAUCCCUCCCUCCCCCAUUUCCUCAGAGACGAGUCCAAGGAGGCAAGCCCUGCCCUUCCCUGGGGGCAGUGACAAAGUGGGUGCUUUCGUGGGGGGGGGUGUCCCUUCCACAGCUGGAAGGCCCCCCCAGACCCCCAAGGGGUGGAAUGCUUCGCAGGCAAGGCAUCCCAGAGCCGGGAGUACCAAAGGGCUCCAGCCUCAGCUGAGCUGGUGGGCAGAGGGUCAGAUUCUGCUGGGCAAGGAAGCCCUAUGGCCUGGCUGGGUUGGAUAGCCGAGACGUUUGGGGUCUUGAGCCUCCAGGGCUUCUGCCGCUCCUGGGACAGGCAUACCUCAUGGUUGCAGGCUUCAGCAUGACCUUGGGCGGCUGUUUCUGGCAUGGUAUCUCAAAAGCAGUGGCUCUCCCUGCAUGCCUGUGGUUGGUCGGUCAGUCGGUCAGUCGGUCGGUCCAGCGCUUCCUUGCUGGGGCAAAGAGCUGCCCCUCUCCCUCAGCAGUUUCACCUGUUGGAUCAAGCAAGGGCCCUGAAGCUCCGCCUCCUUGUGCUUCUCUCUCUCUCUCUCUCUCUCUCUCUCUCUCUCUCUCUCUCCCUUCCUACCUCCUCCUCUCCCAUUUGCAAAGCUUCAAAAGCUGCAAUGUAGAAAGAUGUUCAGUCCCUCUUUAUGACCCAAGAUGGGGCACACCCCAGCGGCAUAGGACCAACUGUUUCUGUUUUGUACUUUGCCACAGGCAGCAAGCCUGGGGAAGCAGCCCCCCCUUUGAGCCAGGCCAUCCGAGGCUGCAGGGCGAGGCAGGGCACAGUCCUGGCCAGGGCCAUCUUGGCUGGACGGCCUCUGCCCAGCCGCUUCUGCUCUUUGGUCCUGCACUGGCAGAGGCCCAACGGCUGCCACCAAGAGCCCUGCCAGACGACUGCUAGAGCGGUGCUUCCCUGCGGGUUGGGCAGCUGCCCUUGAGGAAUCAACUCUUGGCUCUAGCCAGGGAGCAGAGCAGUGUGGGGUGAAGCGUGCCAUGGGCAGGCCAGUUGGAGGGCAAAGGCCGCUUUAUCAGAUAAGGACAUGCUGAGAGUCUGCACGGGGAGACACGGCGAGGGAGAUGCUGGGCUGCCAGGCAGAAUAAUGCGACUCUCUCCGGGUCCUUCUGCAUGGAUGGACCCAAGGGGAAGCCAAUGGCCUAGGAAUGGACACAAUGCCAUGUCAGAGUACAGGCUUUCUAUGGAGAAGGUGCCCAUGCCAAUCUGCCAGGCCACUCGUGGCAGGGCUAGGAAUGGGUACCCCUGGAGAGCCACAGCCACCCUCCAGCAUAGACCAAAGGUUGUCGGAUGCACACCCCCGCGACUGUCUCCUUUUCCUGCUAGCGAACCCAGUGGCUUUGUUUCUCAAAAUGUGGAACUGUGAUUUUUUUUAGGGUCAGAACCCACGUACACACGUGGAAUUGUGGAGCUGUGAGGGUUUGACAAGCCACAACAGGCUGUGUGAAGGGGAGCAGCAAACACAAAGCCAGGCCCUCAGCCCUGAUUAAAUCUUGCAGCUGUGGUGGAGGUGGUGGUGGCAGCAAGCAGGCGGCAAAACUAGUAAUGGCGAUACUUCAAGAGCCAGAAAAUGAAUCAUACCUGGACUCUUCAGUGCUUCUAAUGUAGCUGUCAUGAGCCACCAAGCCUCCUCCAAAAUAUGGCGACUCAGUGCAAUCAGUGGUCUCCUCUCAUUAUUAGCCCUAUUUAUGUACUGGCCUUUAAUGCCUGCAGGAUGGCUGAAGGGCCUCAAACCGUGCCCAGCCCUGGUUGGCUUGAAAAAUUGGAGGUGAACAAAAUGGUCCCGGAAAAGGGCUUUUUCAGAGGCAUUUAACGAGUACUGAGAAUCUGGCAUGCAGGAGCCCCUGGAUAACCAUCUGCUGUCUUGUCCCACUUGAUGGAUGGCCAGUGAAAGCACCUCAGUGUGUUUGUGGGGGGGGGGUAAGAGAGAUGAGGGAGAGCAGGUGGAAGAGCCCAAGGUCAGCUCCAUUUGCUUGAAGGUCUAUUGUAUCUGCCAUCAAGGCUCAUCCAAUUUACAGUGACCCUAAAGGUUUAUAAAGGUAUGUGAGAGACUGGAGGACUGGUUAUACUGUUGCCACUCCCAGUGGGAUUUCAGGCUGAGCAGGGAUUUGAACCCAGGGCUCCUGAGUGGUCUUCACUGCAACACAGUGGCUGUCUCAGAAGUCUACAGGUCUAGCAAACAUGGAAAGUGUGUAGCACGUCGAUGCCUCUUUGCCUCUGCCAGUGGGUCUCUCUCCUGGCAACCAGCCAUAGGCAGGCCACUUCUUGACGAUAGCAAGUCACAUGUUAGGUGACCUGCCUACUAAAUCCUUCCUAGACAAGCUGAGUCUGGCUUCAUCCUCCUGCCUCAUUCUGGAUGCCUGUUGCUCUCCAUUGGUCAGUGCUCACUAAAAGUUGCAAGCAAGUAUUUGCUUCGCACAAGGCAGCUGGAGAAAAGGGGGAUGGAUUAAGCAGUUUGGGGAAAAACAGAAAUCUCGCACUUCCUCUCCCUUCAAAACCCUGCCUGUAAUCCAAGCCUGGAUGCCAGGCAAGGUAGCAGGGUCUGGCAGGCCACGCGCAAACAAGCAGCGUGCCAUGGUGUUGAGUUACAGAAGGUGAGGAAAAGGGGGUAUGAAGCUCAGUGGCCAUAAGAGAUCAGACUUGGUAAAAUCCAGAAACAAAAGGCAGUAUUAGAAUAAAAAUAACAAACAGUAAAACAUGGCUACACAUUCAGAACGAAUCUAAAAGCAAGAUCUUUAUCAAACUGUCAAAAAUGUAAGACAUUUCUGGAGAUUCACUGUGAUAUAGCUUGGGACCUGUUACAGCACACAAAGUGCUGAUACUGAAGGAAACAAUGGAAGCAGGGUAACUUUUAUCCAGAAGCUUGACUCAGUUUUUACCAUUUGGUGAUGCCUUACUUCUAGAUUUGUUCUGCAUGUCUGCUCAUCUUGUACCCCAGACAUGGGCAAAGUGUGGCCCGAGGGCCACAUACGGCCCGCGAGCCACUCCUGUCCGGCCCAC